CCAAAGGUUACGUUACGAUUUCAAUAUGUACGAUACUAAAAAAUAUCUGCAUAUUGGUCAACUCACAGCCAUACUCCUACUACAAGGUGGUCAAGGACUGCCAAUAUUUAAUCAUAGUGUGGCACAUUACAUAAUAUAUGAAAAAAUUACCAACUGUCAUGAAGAUUUACCAAAGAACAUGAGGAAAGCUUUUGAUCAGUUGAAAGACAUGUCAAAUAAUCAGAUAUCAAGAUGUAUUGAUGACCUUUUGCCAAACAGAUUUGAGGAAGGAUAUAGUGUUCCUUCCUGUAAGAUUGAGCAAUCCCAUCUUCCUAGGAUAAUACAAGCUAUGGUAGCCCAUCAUAUCAUCCAGCCACAGAAAAUGAUUCUAGAUCAGUUUUUACAGGGCUUACAAAUAGGAGGCUUAUUAGAAGUAUUACGAUCUCAUCAAAAGGAGUCCUACAGUUUAUUUAAGGGAUCUGAUGUACACUUGACUGCUGAUGUAUUUGAAAACAUGCUAAAAUUUAAAUAUGAUAUGAUAAUUCCUGGAUCAAACAACAUGGCUAUAGCCCAAGCUAUAGAGCAAGGCUGCUUUCUUCUCUUGCAGGCAGCUGAGUCUGGUGAAGCAAAGUUCCUUGUUGAUGAAACUUCACUAAACGUAACAUUGUCAAGCAUUCUGAAGUGGUUGACUGGGGCAACCCGAAUUCCAGCUGUGGGACUUGAUUCAAAAAUUGAAGUCCUAUUUGAUCCUACAGCUGUACUACCUCGUGUAAAUACUUGUUCUCUGCAGUUAUAUAUGCCAUUGUUAUCCAAGUUUUCAGAUCCAGAAAUGGUAAUGAAAACAAUAGCAGAAUGGAUAACAAACAGUGUUGGGUUUGGACUUGUAUAAGAACAUAUAUAUCUUUGGAAGUUUUCAUAACAAUAUUGAUCUUGCUGUACAUAUAUAUUGAAGUAGAUACAUUAGUUUUAUUCUUUGGUAAAACAUGUACUUAAAAUGACUUUUGAUCAUGCUUAUAACCUUUUCAUUUUCAAAGCAAUGUAACAAAAUUUUGAGUACUUACAAAAUGUAAAGUGGUAUGUUAAAAGUGUCUUAAACAAAUGGUAGAAAUCAAAAUCACAAAACUCGGACAUUUUUGAAUGUAAAAUUCAGUGGAUAGGUUUUUGUUCAAACAUUUAAAUAGUUUAUGCACGGAUAAUCAGGGAGUUAAAAAAGGAUAAAUAAAACAAUAUUUUUAUGUGUUACUUAUGUAAAUAAUUACUAUCUUGUAACCUUCAUAAACCAAUCGAACUUAUGUAAUUUGAUUACCUGUCAUAUCUGGUAAAGGGAGAUUUUGUCUUCUCAUUCAUGUUUAAUUGAAUUCAGUACUAGUGUACCUGUUACUUUGAAUAUUGUGAUGUGUUAAAAGUUAUGCCACUGUUUUCAUUUUGUUGACAUAUAGCUUAAUUCAUUUACACUACAUGUACUAGUCUCAUUUUUUUUUUGAAAUAUGUUAUGAUUUUUAUGAGAUUUUUUUUAUGUUUUUUUACUGCUAGGCUAGAACACACCCACAACAUUGCGGGUUUGUGACUGAAUUAAUGUACCUAUGUCUUUCUGUCCUGCCUGCGAUGAUGAUGUCCACAAUUGUUAUUUAGUUUUCAGCAUAAGUUAGAUUUUAGGAACUGCUUGUGAUAGUUCAUUGAUAUUUAAUACAAAGUUGCAUUACUGGAAGUACAUAUCAGUUAUACAACUAUUUUGAGGCCUGAACCUCUAGGUCAAGGUUCAGUAAAUGUACAUGAAUGAGCUUUUUUUAAUGUUAGUAUCUGCUUAUUAUAGUUUAAUAGGUAAGGAUCUAUUACUUGCGAUAGAUGAAUGAUACUUUUUAAACUGUAAAUUCAAAAAUUAUUGGGAGGGAGGUUUUUUAUUAUGGCAACAAAUGUGACAUGUAAAAGCAAUAAUUUUAAAUUGCAUUUUGAAAUAUUUUAUAUGAACUAAACAGGAUUUUUCUCAAAAUUGUAGAAAUGGCAAUCUCAUUUUAGUGUAAAUAAAAUCACAAUAAUAAAUGCAUGCAAUAAUUUUUCAAUUUACAGUUUAACAGUUGCAACUAUGUUGAGGCCCGGCCCCAUGGUCAUGGUUCAGCCAUUUGUAAUUAAUCAGUAAAUUUAAUAGGAACUACUUGUGAUAGGUCAAUGAUGUUUUCUAUUAUGUUGCAUUACUAUGAUCAGUUCAAUACAAUGUAUGACAUGGUCCAGUGACAUUGAAUUAGUUACCAGUAACAAUAUUUCCAUGGUAAGUUUUCUUAAGUUGGAUUGAUAGGAACUACAAGCAACAAUAUUUUUUAUAAAGUUGCAUUAAUGUCUGUACAUGUUACUUUGUCAAUCAUUCCUUAGCCCUGUCCACCAGAUCUAGAUCAUUGUCCAGUGACUUUGAAAUAAUAAGCAAUGUUGCUGUUCGAUAGUUUUUUUUUGAAUUUUAUAUAUAUAAAAAGAUGUGGUAUGAUUGCCAAUGAGACAACCAUCCACAAGAGACCAACAUGACACAGAAAUUAACACAUAUAGGUCACUGUAUGGCCUGCAACAAUGAGCAAAGCCAAUAACGCUUGUAUGCCAACAGGUGAGAUAUCUCUGUGUCAACAUUUAUUUGUAGUAUUCAUAUUGUCAUUUGUCACAGUUUUCUGAAUCUCUGUUUUCAAAAUCGUUCUUUUUAAAUCUGUCCUGGUUUCCUUUCUACAAUGGGAAACUACAUGUAUAUGACAUAUAGAUUUACUAUAUUUAUCAGUAUCUGAACUUGUUAAUUAUUGGUAAAGUUUCUUGUGUGGAAAACAACUGGCCUGAAAUAGUGCAAUUUUUAAUCAAUAAUUUUGUCCAAUAAUCAUGAUAAUAGUUAUAUUAUGUAUAUAAACAUGAUAAAGUUGAAUUCUUGAUUUUUCAUUUUUACGUCAUGCAGACUAACAAAUUUAACCUUGUCAUUUUAGUAGUAUGUAUUUACCUAAUAGGUUUAUGUUGAAAUUAUUGUGAUGUGUUGAAAGUUGUGCCAAUUUUUUUUCAUUUUGUUGACAUGAAGUUAUAUUUAAUUAUACUACAUGUACUAGUCCCAUUUUUUCAUAUGUUUUGUUUUUUAUGAGAAUUUAUUUUUUUGGUUGCAUGAUGCUUUAAAUACUUCAGUACACUUCUUGUUUUCAGGGAAAAAAAAUAGGCUUUAUUGGUACAUGUUGCAAAAUAUUUCCUUUGUUAAUGUACAUUUAUUGGAAAAGAAAGAUAAGCGAAUGUUCUUAUCACUUAUGUAUGAUAUUGUUAAUUUUAAUAAUUACCUUCUACAAUUUUUUGUCAAUUUUGAGGUUUGCAGAAGGAUGUGUUUUUGUUUUUCAU